AUGUCGACAACCAUCUCCAUCGUCAUUUUCCGUGGCGACCCAUUAGACUGGGCCAUGUAUCGACACACGGCGAUCCACGUCCAAUACGCAGAUAGCGAAAAUACCAUCUUACAUGUCACCGGAGCGCACCCGUUUUUUGAAUACACACCGAUGGAUAACCACCCACAAGACUUGACCUUGCAUUUAGUGGCUUCCGUUCCGGUUGCAACGCCGCCAGAUUCCAUUACUAAAUCUAUGAUUCAAAAUGCAUGCAAAAGAACUCCGAUCUGGAAUGAUCCUCAACACCCGGACUGGAACUGCCAGAAUUGGGUGGGGGACGCUCUCGCUAGGUUAGUUGCGAUCGGAUGUGUCACCAACGAAGAAAGAUCAGCAGCGGUCGCUCAGAUGGUGGAUGUGUGCUUGGAAGCGGAGGAUGAGCCCGAAGAUAUGUGA